UGCAAUAAAAGUAUUCUGCGUUACAGUACACAGUAGUUUAUUUAUUCUCCCCCACGGCUGUUUGCGUUUUAUACCCUUGGCACUCUUCCUUAAUGUGACGCUACACAAUUACAGGUGCUGGUGACAAAUCAGAGGUCAGUAGUCCACAUGAUGACUCAGAGCUGAAUAUGUACAAUAAAGGCUGCAAAGCGUAAACAGGCUUAAUUAAACCGAGUUUCAUUCUCACGCACACGCACAAACACAAAGAUGCACACCUCACCACCAGUCCAUCCUCUCGGUCUAAUUAGAGGGAGUGGUUCAAUAGUGCGCCAGACUUCGGCAAACAAAGGGUUAAACUGCUGAGCCAGUUGAGCGCACCAUCCAACCGGGCUGUGUCGCUAGGGGAAGAUAUAGGGUACUUGUGGAGAAGCAACAGAUCUCAGCUGGAAAACAACCGCACAUCUGGCACGCGGGACGACCAAAUCUGAGGAGGAAGAAUCAGUCAAAUCUUUCACUGCAUGAUUAGAUGGACUGGACCGGUGGAUCAAUCUCUGACUUCCAAAUCACGAGCAGGGACGAGAAAAGUUGCCAAAAUUAGUUGUGGAUUUGAUUUUGGCGCUGCAGAAUUUGGAUAUUUCUUUGUUUUUUAAAAAAGGGGGAGAUGAUCGUCACAUAUUUUCUGACUCAGCGUUUUCUCCUAUAGGAAAUACCGUGCGUAAAAGCCAAUUAUUUUUUUCUGGCAAUAAUAUGUCUUUGUGGACGGGAAAUAAGUCCAACAUCUUUGCUCCCGUGGACAGGAAUUAAGUAUAACAUCUGGAGGCAACAACUCAAAACACGUUGUCCAAUCUAUUCGACUAAAACGUUUCCAAACACAGAUCGAGUUCCACCACCUGCGUUUUGCUUUUUUCAGCCUCCAGACUGAGUUUUGUUACAGGUGGUUUUCAUCGCGCUUUACCAUUACUAUGCACCUUAACAAUCAGCAAUAAACGAGCCACAUGGGUGUGAAAUGAAGGCUCACUUUGCUUUAAUUUUCUGAUUCCCCCCCCCCAGUGGACAACAGUUUGAACCAGGGGCGAACAGCCAGUAGGUCUGCUUCUAAAUGAUAAGCUCGGUUUGUGUUUCGUCUUACCGAGGACGCAAGUCAGGCAACAAACCUCCGUCUAAAUCAUGUCUGAAGGAAGACAUGGCCAGAGGGGAAGACUCGGAUAAAAUUAUUAUUAACGUGGGCGGCACUCGACACGAGACCUAUAAGAGCACCCUCAGGACCCUGCCGGGGACGCGCCUGGCAUGGCUAGCAGACUCGGAGUCGCAGGUCAGCUCCGACUCAGACAUUGCGUCCCCGAGUGCCACCGAGUUCUUCUUCGACAGACACCCCGGCAUCUUUGCGUACGUGCUCAACUAUUACCGGACAGGCAAGCUGCACUGCCCGGCUGACGUCUGCGGGCCUCUAUUCGAGGAAGAGCUGGCGUUUUGGGGUAUAGACGAGACUGACGUGGAGCCAUGCUGCUGGAUGACCUACCGGCAGCACCGGGACGCAGAGGAGGCCCUGGAGAUAUUUGAACCGCCCGACCCAGAAGACACCGACGACGAGAGAGAGAUGCCGAGGAGGUUCGGCAUCGAAGACGUCCCCGACAGGUCGAGAGGCUGCCGCGAAAUUUGGCAGCCAAAGAUCUGGGCGCUGUUUGACGACCCGUAUUCAUCUAGAGCAGCCAGGGGAGUUGCACUUGCCUCUCUCUUCUUCAUCCUGGUGUCAAUCACCACCUUCUGCCUGGAGACCCACGAUGCCUUCUAUGAAGUGCAAAACUGGACGGAGCAUGUUGUACAGGGCAACGUGACAAAGAACAUCACAAGGAACGAAAUAGUGACCAACCCAGUCCUCUUCACCGUGGAGGGCAUCUGUGUAGUCUGGUUCACGUUUGAAUUUCUGGUGCGCAUAAUAUCCUGCCCAGAUAAAGUAGUCUUCAUCAGAAACAUGCUCAACAUCAUUGACUUUGUGGCCAUUCUACCGUUCUACCUGGAGUUGGCUCUGAAAAGUCUGUCAUCCAAAGCUGCCAAUGAUGUGCUAAACUUCCUCCGUGUGGUCCGGUUUGUUCGAAUCCUCCGGAUUUUCAAGCUGACGCGCCACUUUGUAGGCCUGCGUGUCCUGGGUCACACGUUGAGGGCUAGUGUCAAUGAAUUCCUCUUGCUUAUUAUCUUCUUGGCGCUAGGUGUGCUCAUCUUUGCCACCAUGAUUUACUACGCUGAGCGUAUUGGAAUCCAGCCUGAUGACCCCACAGGCUGCAAUCACACACACUUCAAGAAUAUCCCCAUCAGCUUUUGGUGGGCAGUGGUCACUAUGACCACACUGGGCUACGGAGACAUGUAUCCACAGACGUGGCUCGGCAUGAUGGUAGGGGCGCUGUGUGCACUGGCUGGGGUGCUGACCAUCGCCAUGCCGGUUCCCGUCAUCGUCAAUAACUUUGGGAUGUACUACUCGCUGGCUAUGGCAAAACAGAAGCUGCCAAAAAAGAAGAAGAAGCACAACCCAAACCCUGAUGCUCCAACUGACUCGGCCUCGUUUGGGAAGUCAGAAACAAACUCGCACAGAGACAGUACUCAGAGUGACACGUGUCCACUGGCUCCUGAGGAGAACAUCAGUAGGAACCGCUCAGACUCCAAACAGAACGGCGAUGCAAAUGUGGCCCUUUCAGAUGAGGAAGGCUGUAGUUUGACCCAGCCGCUGUCCCCCAGCGAAAAGUGGACAUUGCGGUGUUCCCGAGGCCGAGACAAGAAUAAGAAAGAGGGCACCUGCUUCCUCCUAACCUCAGAGAACCCCAGCGUUCAAACUGAGAGCUGUAAAGACAUCCUCGCUGCCACGGGAAACUAUGCUCAGCCGGAGGUCACCACUCUGACCUGAUGCUGAUUGGCUAUGAAAAGGAGAAAGAGCGUGAUUUCCUCAGUGGCGUACACUUCCCUUCCUGAAUGAACUGCCGAAGAGAUUCUUUGAAUUCAGGAUGAGAACUUUUGUUUUAAGUUGCAUAGCACAUUUAUCACAUGUACACUUACUUACAUGUUAGAGAGCAUUUUGCAUGUACUGCAUGCUCAAGCAUUGUAUGAUACUCCAAAAAAAUGGCUACCAUUCAUAUGCAUUUUAUUUAGUGGAUAUGUCAUAGCUUGACUCCAAGGCUCUGAAAACAUUUUUUUGUUUGUUCUCAAUUAGCAUCACAGAUUUAUUCCAAAGUGACGUUAAGGUCACUUCUCUGCCUGAUUUGAAGUCGAGAAAGUGUGCUAUCACAUUCCUCCGUGCACCAGUUGAAUCUGAAUCUGGUGUUUGGGCACUAUAAUUCAAAUAUAUUGAAGCCACACAAUCGAUAAUCUGGGUUUUCAAAAAAGACACUCUUAGUCAACUUGGAUUUAAAAAAAAAAAUGUAAUUGCGAAUCUUAAAUGUUACAGACCUAAAACUUAAAGAAAGUUUUCAGGGGCUUUUGCGAGUCUGUUGUAAACAUCCUUUUUAUGUGUUAUUACAUUCGUUACCGUGUUACUUUCUAUUAUCAUGUGUCUGCUUUGGGAGUCAACACACAUUAGCAAAACCCAUACAUUGUAUACGGAGUGAGAAAAUCUGCUUGUGAAUAUGGGUUUGUACAGCAAAACGCCUACUGUGAAAAAGGACAAGAUGGAAACUUGAAGUCAUUGAUCGAUGUCAACAAAUUAGACCCACAUUUUUUUUAUUUUAUUUUAUCAUGUGGUCUCUGUUCUGCUGCUUUUUAGAACCAACCACAUGGAAACAUGCAGAUUCUUUGCCAGGGACUAGAUGUGAUAUGAACCCGGCCAGGAAACACAUUGUUUGUAAAUCCUUGUACAAUAAGAGUUUAACAAAAGAAAAGAAAAUCAAUGGAGCAGUAUUGUCUGUCUGUUACAUUAGCUAUACACAGUUGAUGUAUCAUUACUGGUUGAGUGAGGACCAAAUGUAGACUCAAUUAGAUUAGAUGGUAAAAGACUUUCAGUACAUGUUGGUAAAGAUACAUACAGUACAAUAUCAUCAUCUCCACUUGUGCCUCAUGUUGAGUAAUGGAGUUUAAAUGUGUGCAGUAGUGUAAUUCAAUUGGUUAGUUAACAUUUCUACUUGUGUUGUAAAAACUCUGUUACAUGUUUGAAAAAGAGAAGCAGGAGUCUUUUUCUUUUUUCAAGACUUAUAAUCUAGUCCUCAUGGUCUACCAUAGUGGCCUUAUGUUAAAUAAACAAAGGGAAAGCUCAUUUUACCUUCAUUAGAAUCUUUCUAUGCUGAUGCAGAUGUUUGUAAUAUAUAAGCACAGCUGUAUGUAUGUAGCACAGUGCAAUACUCUAGGUCAUUAAGCUCUUUUCUUGUCUGUUCAUGUGGAUGCAACGUUAAAAUUGCUGUUGACCAAUGAAAGCUUAUUUUAAUAAUUCACCUUUUAAGCCUCAUUUCCUGUUUUCCCUGUUCCGUGUACUCAAAUAUGACGGUCAAGCACAGUAGGCUGGUUUAACAUUUCUCCGGUAUGCACUGUAUAGGUGACCGUGAUGGUUUUUAACCCGGUAAGAUGUCAUGUGUGUAUGUGUGCGUGCCUGUUUGAGUGUGUGGGUGUGAUGUUUAACCAUGUAGGCAUGCAUUUAUAUGCAGAAAAUCAAAUAAAAUCAAUUUCUUCCCAGAUGUUGAAGAUAAA